UGCAGAGAAUAUCUCCAAGUAUUUCUUAAAAGGAGGUAUCGCCAUGCCACACGAUGAGGACGCGUUGCCUCGGAUGAUGCCAUCACAGCUUUUUCAAACCACCCCACUGUUAGACUGCUAACUUCCAAACCACGCGAAAAGGAUCUCCAUUAACGCUUAUUGAUUGAAAUACUAUUAGCCACUGCAACCAUGGAUGAAGAAGUACUUCAUGUCGCGCCGAUCGAUACGGCGCACUACCACGCGAUACCUCCUGCGCCGCGUCAUGCCGUUUCAACACAUCUUCCCGGGUGGGACAAUGUUAUUCGACUUGGAAAGAAGGAUCCGGGACUCAUUGCUCAAUUUGUGAAUAUGUAUCCACGAUUUGUGCUCCAUAAGGACGUGAAGUCGCUCAUUGCGUCCGUCCUCCAACAUGUCAAGUCGGCAGGUCUCUUCUGCUUCCCGUUUCCGAGCAGGAAAUCUGCACAGGAAUUCGUGGACUACGUUACGACAUCACCAAGGCCAGACGGCUUGGACGCGUUGGAUGCGAGCGAAGUCACCAUCCGAGGCUUUGAGAUCGUGAAUCGGCUCUUCUUCGUCUUCUUUCCGGUGACCAAAAUCCCUCUGGUCAUGAAUUUCUGGACGAAUACAGGCCUUGGUACUUCUAGUCGGCUGGCGGAAGCGAACCUCGCAGACGGUGACAAGAUCCAAGAGGUCUCAAUAUCCGAAAGCCUCAGUCACAGGAGCUUGGAAUCGCCGGCUCAUGAGAAGUUGCGAAAUCGAAUCGUAGAUUUACUGCAGAGAGCCCCGUUAGAUGAAGCUCGAGCAAAGAAGGUGUCACCCAAAGACGUCUUUUUGUAUCAAAACGGGAUGGCCGCGAUAUUUAACGUCCACGACACUCUGAGACGCUGGAAGAAGCUCCCAUCCAAGACCAUCAUGUUCGGAGUGCCGUUCCAUCAGACCCUCCGGAUAUUCGAAUACUGGGGCGCCGGUGUGGAGUUAUUGCCACUGGGCGCUGAGUAUGACGAGCUCGAGCGAAUACUGGAUUCCGAGGCCGCGGAUGGCAGACCUGUGCAGGCCAUCUGGGCGGAAAUACCUUCAAAUCCACUCCUAGUCACUUCGGACUUGAAGCGACUCCGUUCGCUGGCUGACAAGCACUCCUGUGCCUUCGUUAUCGAUGACACCGUCGGGAGCUUUUCAAACGUUGACGUCCUGGGACUUGCCGAUAUUAUCCUGACCUCCUUAACGAAGAGCUUCAGUGGUUAUGCGGAUGUCAUGGGAGGAAGCGCCACCCUUAAUCCUUCCUCGACUAUUUACGAAGAGCUCCGGCCCCUUUUCGAAAAGAAUUACGAGACUGAAAUGUUCUCUGCUGAUGCCGAAGUCCUAUUUCAGAAUAGCGAGGAUUACCUGAAGCGAUCGACAACACUGAACCGCAACGCAGAGUCACUUGUGAAUUAUCUGCAGUCAUUGACGAAGAGAUCGAGUAGCAGUGUUUCUCGCGUGUUCUACCCGACGGUGUCAUCGACGAGAGCGAAUUUCGAUGCGCUCAAACGACCAGCGACAGAAGAAUUCGAGCCAGGAUAUGGUUGUCUAUUUAGCGUUGAGUUGGACACUGUCGAGGCAGUGAUCGCGUUCUACAAUAAUCUGCACGUUCAUAAUGGACCACAUCUCGGUGCCCAUAGAACCAUUGCCCUAGCGUACGUGAAGGGACUCUACCUUACAGAACUGGACCGGGUGGCAAAAUGGGGUUUGAAGGAAAGCCAGAUACGGAUUUCGGUUGGGCUUGAAGAUUCCGAAGAUUUGCUUCGAGCAUUCAAAUACGCUGUUCAAUGCGCCGAUGCUACAAGAAGCACCUUGGAUAUCUGAUCAUACUAGAGUAUAGGAAGAUGAAAGGUGGAGUCUUUAGAUUAAAGACAUGUUAGAUAUCAGACUCAUUUAGAUCGCAUGGCUUAAGAGAGCGGAGAAGGGUCAUGCUCUGAGCGUUUGCUUCCUUUUUUUUUAGAUUGAUUGAGGAAGGUACCUUAUCCUUCAACCUCUGAAGAGACUUGUAACAAAAUAAACGG